GACUGGCCACAUAGUGUGUGAAGAGACAGUGCCUAUCGCCUUCAACAUCUGAAAAGAAAAUACCGACUAGCGGCACGGGAAUCAAAGUCAACUACAUCAAUAAUUUAAUCACUGCCAAAAAUGAGUUUCCCCAAUAAAGAGGAACGCGCCAAGUGUUGGGCCAUGCGUGACGAAUACUGGAAGUGUCUGGACGAGAAUGCGCCCAAGCACAGCUCAACAAGCGGUGAAAAGGUGCCAAGUGCCUGCCAGAAAAUGCGUAAAGCAUUCGAGCAAGGCUGUCCCGGUCAAUGGGUGAAACACUUUGACCGUAAACGCACAUAUGAACAGUUUAAGGAGAAAAUGGCAUCCGGAUACGAUCCACUGGUAGAGGAACGCGCCAAGGAGAUCCCUACUAAAUGAAAACGGCCAGUGAAGCAAUGUGACAUUCAUUUCAUUGUUACGAUAAAUAUCCCCCUUUUUUUUUUUGUAUUGUUAUAUUAUAGUGUAAAUAAACCAUAAGCAUUAGCAUUA